AGAAUAAAUCGAUUUCAGUCCCAGCUCCUGUGGAAUAUUUUAUCAUUAAAGGUCCAGAUGCUCCUUAUUGUGUCCACAUGGUUUGUUUAUUUGUUUGUGUUAUAUUGUCCUAUUUUAUGUAAUUAUUCACGUAGUCACCCAAUUUGUAAGUCGCUCUGGAUAAGAGCGUCUGCUAAAUGACUUAAAUGUAAAUGUAAUGUAUGUUGAUUGGAAUACAAUACACAAGAUAUUACACCUACAGUACAUUUAAGUCACAUUCUUGGUAGUAGUAACUUGUAGUAACCACAUGGGUGCGCUACAACAAAUAUCCUUCCGUUUUUGCUUUUUCUUCCUCGAUUUCCUGUGUCACAUUUAUAGUUUCCCCUAUCAGAAGUGCACAUUUACAGACAUGCUGAGUUGUUUCAAAGAUAAAGUUGGUGAUGUUUUAUUACCAGGAGACGUAUUUUCUUUUCAAAUGCCUGAAAGUAUCACCGACAGCAAACCCGAGAAAGUUGUUUGUGGACCAGGGCUUCGGCGAAACGGAGAUGAAGUUCUCGUUUGCAAAAGCGGAAUCCUCCGACAUAAACAACCGAAUCUGUACUGGAUAGACUCUCAGCAAAGGAGGUAUGUUCCAGGGAAGGGGGAGAGUGUGAUUGGCAUCAUAGCUGCCAAGUCAGGUGACAUCUUCAAGGUGGAUGUAGGGGGGAGUGAGCAGGCGUCACUCUCCUACCUCGCCUUCGAGGGGGCUACCAAGAGGAAUAGACCUAACGUGCAGGUAGGGGACCUGGUGUACUCUCAGUUCAUCAUUGCCAACAAAGACAUGGAGCCGGAGCUGGUGUGUAUAGACAGCUGUGGACGAGCCAACGGGAUGGGGGUGUUUGGAGCAGGCGGGCUUCUCUUCAAGGUGUCCCUGGGACUUGUACGCAGGCUGCUGGCACCCCAGAGUGAGAUAGCCAAGGACCUGGAGAAGAUGUUCCCCUUUGAGAUUGUGGUGGGGAUGAACGGGCGGGUGUGGGUCAAGUCCAAGACCAUCCAGCAGACCCUCAUUGUGGCCAACCUGCUGGAGAGCUGUGAGAACAUGACAGCGCAGCAGCGACAGACGCUCUUCAGAAGGGUGGCCGAUGGAUCCAUCUAGGCUAGGGGACCACUCUGCUCCGGAGAAGGAUGUUUGAGAACUGUCUGAAUUAGU